CUCAACCGUGCGGCGGGGAACACCGCUCGAGAUUUUCUCCCACCACGAGUCGAUAAAUUCAAAAGAACCUUAUUGAUAACCAGAGACUACUAGCAGGACAAAAACGGCAAAAAGCUUUCCAAGCCUGAAGCGUCCAAGGACUGAGAUAGCCUACUUUUUCUUCCCCCCUCCGUCUUCCUACUGCUUCCAAUCGCCGCGGCUUGUAAACGACCAGACGGAAAGGCAACGAUGCGCGUCAAUUGGAAAGCGUGACUGGUGGCUAACUUCUUUUGGUCGGCGGAGCAACGUGGAAUACAAUAAUAUAGCUGACGGGCCGCGGGGAUGGAUGUCAGUAGGUUACGCACUCAAAGGCUUCUGGCUGCUUCAUCUGACUAUGAGAUGCCCUUCUGCCUCUCCAUCCAUCCAACGGGUCGCUUUUUUAUUUUAUUUUAUUUUAUCUGGACUCACACAGGGCCAUGUGCCAGCUAGGUUAGGUCAACGCUCAGGUAUGGCCAUCUGAGAGAGCAGAGAGCCCAUGCUGUUGUGUUGUGUACAAUCAAGCGCGCGUUGCCGGGAGCGAGAAGAGCCCACCCAUUGCCUGUUAAAGAGAUGAUGACUGUGCCGGAGCUGCUUGCCGACCGUGGAUGAUGGGAGGAUAAAAAAGAUCCAAUUGUGUUGCAAGCGUUUAGAACGAAAAAAUGGUGUUUCCUUCUCUCUGGCCGGCCGGAUGGUCCGCCGGGAACGGGUCAGUGGACACUCGGCUAUAUUUUUGGUUGCGCCGCAAUGGCCGGCAAGAAGGUGGAGCUGAAUGUCCCCCUUCCAUCUUAAUCGGUCGCCCAGCGUGCCUACCUGCCUCGUGUGUGCGUGUACACACACACACACUGUACAGGUGCAUCUAAGAAAAAAUCUAGGACGUUGUUACCUGCUGCCCUAUUGCCUGCGUACCUUACCUUUGCCUUUUGUCUUCUUCUUCUUCCUCUUCUUUCGGAGAGGAGGAGGAACGAGAGGGUGGUAACCUGAAGCGCUCGUCUCUCUCUCUCUCCACCCACUCGACUCGUUCUGUGUGUCAUCGACGUCGGCCUUGUCUGACCGAGUUUUUUCUCUCUCAAACCGACUCCCUCAACCAACUCCACCACCUCCUCUUAGCCACAAGCACCGGCACUCCCGCAUGGGAAAAAGGAAAAAGAAAACUCCCGCCUCUUGUCUUGCUUCAUCCAGCUAAAGCUCUGCUGCUUUGGCUCUGGAACAGGACGAAUCAAACCCGGACGGAGUGGAACCUAACGUCGGCAGUCUUCCUUCAACUCUUCGAGAGCUCAAGUACCUACCUCGUCGGCUCCAGCGGAAUUUGUCACCACUCGAACAACUCUCAUCUCAUCCGCGAUUUUAUCACCGAGAGCCCAAAGUGGUUGUUUUUAAAAAACGAGUGCUGCUGUCCACUUCGCUUUUCUAUUCCGUUCAAGUGAUCAGUGCGACUCCUUCUGCUCCGUGUUAGCCGCCUUAACCUUCAGGUUAGUUUCUGCUCGGUGGACCCAAUUGGUCCAGAGACCAGACGGCAAACAUGCUGGCACCACAAAGUUGUUUGACGGUGAUGGCCGUCUUGAUGGGAGCAGUUCCGCUUCACUUGGCUUUCCCAUCUGGCCAAACUUGGUUCAUUCAUCACUCGGGUCAGGUAGCCCGGCCGGUUAUGAUCAAUUCCAGUCCCGUCUCCGACGAGUUCCCCAUUCCGCGCUUCGCACUGCCAGAACAAACAGCCUCGCGGCGCCAAGACGGGCCUUUCCAAGCAUCGGGUUCCAACAACCUUCAGAAUGAACCUCCAGUGCACGUGAAACCGGGAGACAAGGUGUCGUUGAUCGUGCGUAACCAAAACCCACUGGAAGCCCAAAAGUUCGUCGACGUCGGGGCGCUGCUUAUGGACUUGCAGAGGAUGCCACCAGCUUCGGAUGGAUCGUAUCACGUCUUCCUCGCGCCACCCAACUACCCCCAACCGACUGGAGGCCAAAAGUUUGACGUGACCUACGUCGGUGCCCCGCAGCGGGAGCAGCAGACGGUGUCAGACCCACGCAAUCCGCACCCACCUCUUUUCGUGGCCCCGCUCGAUUACAGCGUUCCGCAAGGCUACGGACGUGUGCAAAUUCCCAUACAAAACGUCAAGUUUGCCCUCAACUCACCAUUCCAGCAGGUUCAGCAACAGCCGGCACAGUUUCAGCAACCCCAACAACAGUUUAGACAACCCCAGCCGCAGUUCCAGCCAACGCAGCAGCAGCCAAUCCAGCCUGUGCAGUUUCAGCAACCUCAGCCGGUGCAGUUCCAGCAACCUCAGCCGGUGCAGUUCCAGCAACCGCAGGUUGUGCAAUUCCAGCCUCCUCAACUUCAGCCGGUGCAAUUCCAGACACCUCAACCGCCUCAGUUCCAGACACCUCAACCAGUGCAGUUCCAGCCACAAUUCCAGCCCUCUCAGCCACAAUUCCAGCCCUCUCAGCCGCAAUUCCAGCCUCCUCAACCACAGUUCCAGCCCAUUCCAGCGCAACAACCGCAAUUCCAACCGCAAUUCCAGAAACAAACUGUCGUUUCCGAAUUCCAACGGCCACAGUUCCAACAGCCUCCUCCUCCUUCCAGCUUUGAGCAAUCUCUAUCCGAUAUCCGGCUCCAAACUGGAUUCGUUCCGUUCCAAACUUUGGAAGAAACCAGUACAUCUCCUCCAGUAACUCAACCGGCUCCUCCACCUCCCCCACCAACUCAACCAGCUCCUCCACCAGCUCCCAAGGAGCCACUCGUCUUGGCCGUCGAGUCACCGGAAUUUUUGGAACUCAUCAAACCCCGCCCAGCUCCAAUAGUUGUCGAAGUCGUUGAGAAUGCCCCAGUGUCCGAAAUUCCUCAGCCAGCGACCCAGUCCCCAGUAGUCGUUCCACCUGAAGAGAAAGUAGCACCGGUCGUUGAAUCGAAACCGGUCUCAUCACCGGCUAUUAUUCCGGCUUCUUUCGAAUCGGCGCCCGAGGUUCCCGCUAAUACAGUCACAUUAAUUCCACCACCACAGGAAGACGCUCCCCUGCCGGCCCCCACUCCCGCGUUCGAGCAGACAAUUCCGGCCGCCACUCCCAUUCCGGCACCGGAAAUUUCAGGAGUCACUGAAACCACCCAAACUCGUCCGCUGAAGAAACGACCAAUUAAUCGAAUUCCUUUGGAAGGCGGAGUUCCCCAAUGGCCGGAUUUCCAGGCAGUUCGUCAGCGUCAGCAACUCCAGCGUCAGCAAAACCGAAAGAAGAUUACUCCGUCUUCCGCCAACAACUUCGAACCCAUUCUGAGCCAAACUCAACCCGAUGCGCCGGUAGAUCCAACCUCUUUCGGCCAGAAGAUUCGCAACAAAGUUAAGACCAAUUCCUUGGUCUCGCCGCCGCUUCCUGUUCCGGUUGAACCGCAAGUCGUCUUAGAACAACCAAAGGCUCAAUCGUUCAUUGUCGAACCCGCCGCUGUUGAACAAACACAUCACGACUCGUUUGAUCUUGACCCUCCAGUCGUCGAACGUGACGAAUCGUUCCAGACACUCGAGUCACAAAACGCCGCUUCCGGCAACCAACGCGGACGCAUUCGUUUCAACAGGCCCAAUAGCUUGAACGUCAUUCCGGCUGAAGUUUCGACGCCUCCACCAGUCCGUCACACCGUCAGCACUUUGGUCGGUGGAAGAGGCCGCAUACGAAUCAAUUCCAACAGUUUCACCACCCCUACGCCCACGACUGCCGGACCGACUUUAGCUGCCACGGAAGCAUCCACGGCGGCUCCUACAACUGUUCAGACGGCAGCACCAACAGUCGCAGCUACGACAACGCCAACAGUCGCAGCUACGACAGCAUCCACAACGCCGGAAGCAACGACUGUUGCAGCAACAGUUCCCACGGUCGCCCCGACAGCUUCUCGACUUGUUGAUCCGGUGGUUACCGAGGGACCCGCUCUCGAAGAGGAAAUCAUUAGAGGAGACAGUCCUAUUGUACUAGUCGAGGAAAGUGUUCCAGUCGCCGAGGAAGAAGAAGACGUUCCUUUAGAAGAAGAAGAGGAAGAAGAACUAGCGGUUUUGGAAGAUGAGAAGUCCGUCGAACCGGCCGAGAAGCCUUGGUCUCCCUACGAGGCCAUCCAGCGUCAAAGAGAGACGACUGUUGAACCAGAAGCGGCCAGUCAGGUCGUUUCCAGCAAUGAUCAGCCACUCCGCAUCCGCGGGAAAACCACUUUCACCUCCUCGAGGAUCCCUCUUCCACCUGUCAGGCCGGAAGUUGGAAACCGACCGGUCGUUCUCCGACCUGCAGCUUCCAUUAGGCGACCAUUGCCUCCAACCAUCCGCAUUACAAAGCCCGUCUUCGAUAUCCAAGGGCAAGAAAAUAUUCGCUCGCAGGAGGAUUUCAUUGCCCCGCAAUCACUGGAAUUCGGCAUCCGCGAUGGAGUUGAAUCUAAACCUAUUUUGAUCAAUAAUUCGCCGGCCCAAUUCUUGCUUCCGGUUGGUCGACGUGUCCCUGAAACGCGACCUGGAAUUCAGAACAUCCGGAUCGGUCGCCCGACCACGCAGGCCCCUUCGACAACUACCACCACCACCACCACCACCACCACCGAGGCUCCCGUCGAAGAAGAACCAGUCGAUGCCUUCCAGCAGGAAGCCGACGAAUUAGUGACGGACGAACCCCUUGCCAACGACCAAUUAUUGCCAGAAGAAGAAGAAGAAGGCGAAGGAGAACUAGUAGAAGAAGAAGUCGAAGAGGAGAUCCUUACGGAUGAAGUCGAAGGAGAAGAGAACGAAGAGUUUGUCGAAACUGUCGAUGAAACCGAGCCCGUCGUGUCUUCAACUGCGGCUCCUACGGUCACGACGGCCGAGGCGUUUUCAGAACUUGUCGAAGAACAGGAGGAAGCUGAAGUGGACCCAGUCGUCGUGGAGGAAACCAACAAAUCGGCGGAGCCCAUCACGACCACGACAGAGGCGCCAGUGGUCAUCGAGGAGUCAAUCGUUCCGGUGGAAGAGGAAGUCGAAGAAGAUGGCGCCAUCGAAUUGGCCGCAGGUAACCACGUUGACGAUUUGUCGAACCCGAGCGAAUCGUCCGAUGACGAACGCCAAGUGCUGGGCGUUUCCACGGCAACUGAAGUAUCUCUUAUGUACGAGCUCUGCUACAGAGGCCGCUGCGUCCGCGUUCAUGAAUAAGAAAUGACGCCGCCCUGCCACCAGCGUUGCAGUCGAAUGUCUGUGUGUGUUUUCUGAAAUAUUUUAUGAAGUAACUUGAUUGUCAAUUUACGUGUCCCCCCCCCCUCCACCCAAGUCCAGUACUGCUCAACAAUUCCCGUUGGCACGGUAUAAUCGCAAUGUAAAAACAAACAAAAAAACAAUUU